AUACUUGGCCUCACACAACCAUCUGCUCACUCACCUUGGCACACUCAGCCCCCCAACCCACCUUCAACAUUGACCACUGCACACUCCCUGGCGCGCUCUUCUCACCCUCAGCUUCUACUACCUCUCCCUGGGCAAUAUUGCCAGCCUUUCCCUAAUUCCAGAGCUGCAGCCCUGCCCUGUCACUCACCUCAAACCUGCCAUGUCCCUGGGGCUACUGAAAUUCCAGGCAGUGGGUGAAGAGGACGAGGAGGAUGAGGAAGGGGAGAGCCUGAACUCUGUGAAGGCACUGACAGCCAAGCUACAGCUGCAGACUCGGCGGCCCUCAUAUCUGGAGUGGACAGCCCAGGUCCAGAGCCAGGCCUGGCGCAGGGCCCAAGCCAAACCUGGACCAGGGGGACCUGGGGACAUCUGUGGUUUCGACUCAAUGGACUCCGCCCUUGAGUGGCUCCGACAGGAGCUGCGGGAAAUGCAGGCGCAGGACCGGCAGUUGGCAGGGCAGCUGCUGCGGCUGCGGGCCCAGCUCCACCGGUUUAAGAUGGAUCAAGCCUGUCACCUGCACCAGGAGCUGCUGGAUGAGGCCGAGCUGGAGCUGGAGCUGGAGCCCGGGGCCGGCCUGGCCCUGGCCCCGCUGCUGCGGCACCUGGGCCUCACGCGCAUGAACAUCAGCGCCCGGCGCUUCACCCUCUGCUGAGGAACACCUGUGCCCCCUGACUCCCCGCCCCCUUUCCCAAUGCUGCUUCCCCUGCCUGUCUGGGAAGAGGAAAGGGAGGGGUGCCCCAGAGGCACCAGCUCCUGGCGGGGGAGGAGGAACGUUCAGGUUUCUGAGAGCUGAAUUCCAAGAGUGCAAAACCCCAGCAUCCUGUUUCCUCUGCUGCCCCAGCUGGGAGGGGGACGAGGAGGAUCUCACACCCUCAAACUCCUCAAUAAACGCCCUCUCUGGUUCCCA